UUCUCACUCUGAUUUCUUGACACAAUGAUGAGUCCUAACGCUAUUCGUAACAUCAUUGGCAUCAUCGGCAAUGUUCUUACGUUUGGGCUCUUUAUUUCACCAGUACCUACGUUUUGGAAGAUAUGGAAACGAAAAGCAGUGGAGGACUUCUCGCCGGUGCCAUACUUGGCCACAUUGUUAAAUUGUGCCUUGUGGGUGUUCUAUGGGAUGCCUUUUGUACACCCCAACAGUCUUUUAAUUGUCACCAUCAAUGGAUUUGGUUUUGUUGUUGAGGCUCUUUACAUUAUAAUGUUCUUAAUCUAUGGCAAACGUAAAAUCAGAUUGAAGAUGUUGGCGAUCUUGUUAGCUGAAAUCAUAUUCAUGACGGCCGUCAUCCUCAUAGUGAUGCUUGUUGGCCACAAUCACGAUGUCCGUACUAAGAUUGUUGGUUCACUAUGUGUCAUCUUUGGAACCAUCAUGUAUGGUUCACCAUUAUCCGUCAUGAAACUUGUUAUCAAGACCAAAAGUGUGAAAUAUAUGCCUUUUUACUUGUCACUUGCGGGUUGCCUCAAUGGGAUAGAUUGGACUAUCUACGGCUUCAUUCACUUUGACAUCUUCGUUGUUCUUCCUAAUGGAAUAGGAGCAUUGUUGGCUCUAUGUCAACUUAUUCUCUAUGGUUGCUAUUACAAGUCAACACCGGUAGAAGAUGAGCCCAAGGGAGAGCUUGAGUUACCAACCACCAUGCCCCGCAUUGAAAUAUGAUCAUUUUAAUUAUUAUGGAUCUAUUAG